GGUGCGGCGCAGAGCUCCGCCGCGGCGGGCCGGAACACGCACCGAGCACGUCAAGGAGCUUCCCAGCAGCCCGCGUGGGGAGCCGCAGGGUCGCGGGGUCUGCUCGGGCGUCAUCGUCGGGUUGCACAAGCGGGAAGGAGAAGUGCUGUGUCAACGCUGCUCUUAUCUCGGGGGCCAAGCGUCGCCCUGCGAGUCUGUGGUGUCAUUUCCCUAAACAACGCGGGCCCGGUUGCACUUCGGUUCUUCACUUCCACAUUUUUCGGUCUCCACCGGGGCAGAGACACGGAUCUUGGAACUCUUUUCUUCCUUUAAAUUUUAAGCGCUGCUGACAGAGUGGAGAUAACAUUUCCUUCCACCAUGGACAACAAUGGAUUUAUAACACUAACAAGUGAAGGGCGUAAUAAAUUACACACCUCUGCUUUUUAGAGAGACCAUGGGAACAUCAUUGAUUUUCUUUUCUCAAUUAAACAUGUGUGAGUCAAAGGAAAAAACUUUUUUCAAGUUAAUACAUGGUUCAGCAAAAGAAGAAGCAAGCAAAGACGCCAAAAUCAGAGCCAAGGAAAAGAGAAACCGGCUGAGUCUCCUCCUGCAGAAAGCAGAGUUCCAUGAAGAGCCACUGCCCGGCAGACCUGGGCCCUUGGCCAGAGACACCAGAGUCUGCCCCGAGGAAGCGGUGAGAUGGGGUGAAUCGUUCGAAAACCUGCUCUCCCAUAAAGAUGGGCUGGAGACUUUUACGAGGUUUCUUAAAACCGAAUUCAGCGAGGAAAACAUUGAGUUUUGGAAGGCCUGCGAGGACUUCAAGAAAAGCAAAGACCCUCAGCAAAUUCUCUUUAAAGCACAAGCAAUAUAUGAGAAAUUUAUCCAGACUGAUGCGCCGCAAGAGGUUAACCUUGACUUUCACACCAAAGAACUCAUCACCCAGAGCAUCGCACAACCCACCCUCCGCAGUUUCGACGCUGCGCAGAGCCGGGUGUAUCAGCUCAUGGAACAGGACAGUUACAAACGCUUCCUGAAGUCUGACAUCUACGUGGACUUGGUGGAAGGCAGGCCUCCCAGACCGAGCAACCUGAGAAGGCGGUCCCGCUCCUUCACCUACAAUGAGUUCCAGGACGUGAAGUCGGGCGUCUCCAUUUGGCUGUAAGGGAGGCUAAUUUGGCUCAUGCGGGCUGCGAGCUUGUGUAUCUGCUCCUAAGACGUGGCGUGCGUUAGUAAACGGGCCCGUCCUUUAGAAAGAAACACAUCGUGUGAAGGGAUCUUAGGAGGGUGGAUCAAAACUUUUCCUCUAACGAUACGAACUGCACUGGCCAAUUUGCUCUGUAACCCCUUUCAUUAGACUCCAUUCCCUUCGUAAUCCAAAAAGUCAAUGCUAACAGACACUGAUGAAUAAAUAUAACCCAAAAGGAAUAUAUAUGGUACCUUAAAUUAUGAAGUACAUUCACUGAAAGAUCAAUACAUAGACAAAAAUUUGUAUCGGUAUUAUUCUUAAGCCUGUCUAUUGCAAAAUACAAUAAAUAUAUUCUCUAAAAAAAGUCACAUAAUCAUGAAGAAAAU